AUGCUGAUAAACACCAAGAACGAAUGGGAAGUCGCUGAUAAAUCCGGACUAGUCGACGUCGGCUCAUACUCGCUAUUCGUGAGCGCACGAGGACCACCAAGAAAGCCUGAAGCGCCUGUAGUCAUCUUCAUUACCGGCGGUGGUGCUCCCACAGAGCUUUACGUGCACUUUCACCGGGCUGUCUCGAGAUAUGUGAGGAACUAUUUCUAUGAUCGGGCAGGCUAUGGACGUAGCGAGCGCCCAGCGGUGGAUGCCAAUGAAACGACCCAUAUUUUGAAUCAUCCUCAGCCUUGCUCAGUAUGCGCUGGCGGAAAUGCAGGCUGGCAAACGAUUAGCAGCCGUUCUUGUACUCUGUGCAACGACGGCGACAACAGUCGGAAGAUCACCGCAGAGGACUCCGCCCACGAGCUUCAACAGCUCAUGUCUGCCAUCGGCGUCAAACCCCCGUACAUGCUGGUCGCACACUCAUAUGGCGGGAUCAUCGCGCGAACCUACCUUGGUCUCUACCCCGACGAUCUUGCUGGAAUGGCGCUUCUGGACACCAAUAGCGAACUGCUGCAACAGUGCUUGAGCCCCAUACCACCAGUGUCGUUCCAGAAAGUCACCAAAGAUGUAGACCUUGAGGCUCUAACGCAUCUACGUGAGGAGUCAGGUAUGACCGAUCAAGAAUGGGACGACGCUAUCGCAGCUAUUCAGCGCACGAGGCCCGCCGCCGCAGACGAGGCUACCCACUACAGUGGAAGACAGCUCGCGCGCAGAAUGCAGAUUGACGACCAAGCUAUGGGUGCGAAACCAUUGCUAGUGGCGACAUCCGAGAUGCCGCAAGAUUGGCGCAAGAUGCUUACUGAAGGUAUGCGACUCGGUGGUGGAAGUGCUCAAGAUCGUGACGAUGCAGUGAAGUGGAUGGAGAGCGCAGAGCUUUUCUGUAAGCAGGUACAGAAGGUACAGCUGGGGUUGUCAAGCAAUUCGAAGUACGUGCACUUCGAGGUUGGGCACGACUUCCCGAUUCGCUGUCCAGACCAGACGGCAGAAGCUGUGAGGGCUCUUCUGGACAUGGUCUCACAGCAAAGAAGUUGA